GUGUUCUUAAUGGAUAAAUGAUAUAAUCCCAAUAACAUAUCCCAUUACCAUCUCCUUUGACUUUGUGAGCAUUGGGCCGCCUCUUGAGCUACUUACUACUCAUGGUGAGGUCAGGCCGUGAAGAUCGAUCCAUCUUCAUGCCUAAACUUAUUCGAAGGUGUAAACCUUCUUGACAUAAUUAAUAAUACUACAAAAACAAACCCAUCAAAGUCUUCCAUUCCACCUAAACAUUGACAGACCAAACCUUUUACUGAAAAACAGAGCAAAUACACAAGAAAAAAAAAGUUUGCCAAGAUCAUUUCCUUGGUUUUCUUUUCCUUUCCUUCUCUCCAAACGCAAAAUUUACAAACCUUUCUGUGUGUGUGUGUGUGGCCAUGAAGCACAGAAAACUCUUUCCACCUUCAACUGCAACAAACCAAACACAAUGUCCAGAAUUCUGUGACCCAACCUGCCCAGAUGGUUGCUACCCAUAUGCAGACUUCUAUUUCAUGCCACCACCGCCGCCGCCGCCGCCCCCGCCCUCUCUCUCCACCGGCCAAAGCCAACAAGUUUCCGCAGACGUCAUCAUCACAGUCUCAAUCCUCUCCUGCUUCUUUCUUCUCAUCAGCUACUACAUGCUCAUUCUCAAGUACUGUUCCGGUCGGACCCAUUUCAGGCCACCCCCACGGGACCAAUCAGACGGCCGAGACGAAGAGUUUCGACAAAUUGACCAUCCCAUCUGGUUCAUCAACACCGUUGGUCUCCAACCCUCUGUCAUCAAUUCAAUCACAGUCUUCAAGUUCAAGAAAGGCGAUCCGUUGAUCGAAGGGAGAGAGUGUUUGGUGUGUUUGAGCGAGUUUCAGGAAGACGAGACUCUCCGAUUACUGCCCAAGUGUAAUCAUGCGUUUCACAUUCCUUGUAUUGAUACUUGGUUGAGGUCACACACCAAUUGCCCGCUCUGUCGUGCUGGUAUUGUUGCGAGCUCUGUAAGUACUCGUUCCGAUUCCAAUACUCAGAAUUCUUUUACUUUGAAUCGUCAGGAUGAAACCCAGAUGGAGAAUUUAGCGGGUGGUUGUGAAUUGGGUGACAGUUGGGUUGGUGAAGGUGAGGAAUGUGAAAACAGGGCUGAAACAGAGGAUGGAGUUGAAUUAACACAUGGUGAUGAUCAAAGAAAGGAAUUGGAUGAUUCAAAGGAAUCUGUGAAUUCUAUUAAUGGGAUUGGUCUUUUCUCUGUUGUUAGUUGUUUGGAAGAUAAGAAUAUGGUUAUGGAGGAUGCUAUACAACCAAUGAAAAGCUCUGUUUCAAUGGAUUCUUCUUCAUCUGCAACUAACCACUUGUGUAUCGAUGAAUCAGAAGGAAAUGCUGUAAAUCAGAAAGAAAUUGUCGAACAAUCCGAUUUGGGUAUUGUUCAAACGCAAGAUCAUGCAAGUUCAACUACGAACAGAAUGAUUGGUAGUUCUUCAAUCGGGCAAUCUCUGUACAAGAGCCCUGUUUUUCAGUGAAGAGAUCAGUAUUCAAUUGCUUACCCCAAAAAAAGAUCUGUAUUCUUCUAUUGUGAAUGUGAUGAAUAGUUCUGGGCUGAACAUAGAUGCAGGAAAUGUGUAAGCACCCUCAAUAAGUUUGGAGUUUCUCAUUCAUUCAAAGAAAUACAUGAUUAAAGCCAUAAGUUGCUGGAUUGUGUGCAGAGGAAGAUGGGAAAGACUUCAAACAGAGCUUUCUUUGUUUGGGGAUAAGGUUUUUGGAUGUAAUUUCAAGUUCUUCAGGAAAAUUCUUAGCCCGUGUAGAGAUCUUGGAUUUGUCAAUGGAUUUAUGGAUUUUUUAAAUAAAAAAAUAAAAGGAGAAAGAAAAUUUAUUUUUUA